AGAGAGCCCCUCGAAAGCCCUGAAGGAGACCCAAACCCCAGAGCACCAACCAUGGCGGCCCCAGCUAUCGAGUCCGUACAAUGCUUCGGGCGAAAGAAGACAGCGGUGGCUGUGACCUACUGCAAGCGCGGACGCGGCCUGAUCAAGAUCAACGGCUGCCCAAUCGAGCUCGUCGAGCCGGAGAUCCUCCGAUUCAAGGCCUACGAGCCGAUCCUGCUGCUCGGACGACAGCGCUUCGCCGGCGUGGACAUGAGGAUCCGAGUGAAAGGCGGAGGCCACACCUCCCAGAUCUACGCGAUCCGCCAGAGCAUUGCGAAGGCCCUCGUGGCGUUUUACCAGAAGUACGUGGACGAGCAGAGCAAGAAGGAGAUCAAGGACAUCCUGAUCAGGUACGACAGGACUCUGCUGGUGGCUGACCCCAGGCGCUGCGAGCCCAAGAAGUUCGGCGGUCGCGGUGCCAGAUCCAGGUUCCAGAAGUCGUACCGUUAAGAGGAUUGCCUCUUUUCAGUUUAUGUUAUUUACUAUCUCGAUCGGUGUUUUGUUUGAAUUCCUAGUUUGAGUUUUUGGUGCGGAUUUUGGAACUGUUUUGGUGAGACCUUGUUCUGGAUAUUUUAUGCUUAGUUUUAAUUUGAUGCUGUUUUGAAGAAUGAUUGAAUCAAAUCCGUUGGAGUUUUGAUA